AUGUUCUUGGUGGAGUGGGAUAAUUGUUCAUCUUUUCCAGCUGGUUCUAAUGCAAUUGAUCCUUCUAUAAAUGCUACCUUCCUGUCUUAUAAAAAUAAAUAUCAAGCGAUUGUGAUAACUGACUCAGUGUCUCAAUCGUAUGCCAUCUUCAUUUACGAGUGCAAUCAAAUUGAAUGGAGUGGAAGUAACUUAACAUAUUCUCGUGUUGGAAUUUCCAAUGGAAUGGGUAGGUCAGAGUUCCACCCUUCGAGUGGCAGUGCAUCAAUUGCUGAUAUUGACUGCUCCAAUAGUCCAAGAUCUACCAUCGUCAAUGUGUUGCUGGACUUGAACACUUUCACACUAGCAGAGCGAGUCUAUCCCUCUACUAACAGUACAAGCAUAAAACUCUCUUCUUCAGUGUCAGAUUCAGCCAAUGCUAGAGUGAAUACAUUAUUGCCAACACCAUCGCAAGCGUCAACUCUUUCAGUGUCAGAUUCAGCCAGGCCUAGCGAUAUUGCGGUAUUGUCAACAGUGACACUAUUGAAAAUACCAACUCAUUCGGUGUCGAAUUCAGUCAGUACAAGCCUAACUGCAUUUGUGUUAAUUCCUUUAAAGUCAGAUUUGGUUAGUCUGUUCGAUAUUGCAGUGGUGUCAACUCCAUCACAAACUACUUUGGUGUCGAAUUCAGUCAGUACUAGCGUGUUGUCAACUCCAUCACAAAUACCGACUCAUUCAGCGUCAAAUUCAGUCAGUGCUAGUGUGUUGUCAACUCCAUCACAAAUGCCAACUCCUUCAAAGUCCAAUUUGGUCAGUUCUAUCGAUAUUGCAGUUGUGGCAUCUACAUUGCAAAUGCCAACACCUUUGUUGAAGUCUUCUGUCAGUCCUAGCAAUAUUGCAGUAUUGUCAACUCUAUCGCAAACCCCAUCUCCUGCGUUGAAUUCAGUCAGUACUAGUGUGUUGUUGACUCCAUCACAAAUUCCAACUUCUUCAAAGUCCGUUUUGGUCAGUCCUAACGUGAUUGCAGUGGUGUCAAAUCCAUCCCAAACACUAGUUCGAAUAGCAGCAACUUCUACCACAAGCAUGGCCAUGAUUCAAGGUGCUGCUGGGAUGAUGAAUAACCUCGUACCUGUUCAUAUGAUUGUUGUUCCUAUUGUUGUUCUUCUACAGAUACUCAUCACCUCUCUAAUCGUAAUCUUCCUAUUUUUGUACAUGCGUCACAAGAAGAUCAUUGUUCAAGUUGGACCAGCAGGAGAUACUAUUAUAUAAUAAUUAUUAUAGUUACAGUAUACCAGUAUUCAUUCAGUAUAAACACAUUAAUUAUAGUAUGUCAUCGUGUUGGUUAAAAACUUUUUUGA